AUGGACAUUAGUAUGGACUUUGUGCUGGGUUUGCCACGUACUCAAUGUGGUAACGACUCUAUUUUUGUAGUGGUAGACCAUUUUUCCAAGAUGGUGCACUUCAUUCCUUACAAGAAGACGAUGGAUGUUGUCAAUGUGGCCCAGCUAUUCUUCCGUGAUGUCUACCGCCUCCACGGGUGGGAUGUGAGAUUGAGUCAGGCAGAAUUUGCUUACAACCAUGCUACAAACAGAAGUACGGGGUUCAGUCCAUUUCAGGUGGUGUACUCGGCAAUUCCUCGUGGAUCCCUCAACUUGAUUCCCCUACUAGCGAAGACUCGGAUCCAUGGGAAAGCAGCUGACUUUGUAACGAGCUUACAGAACAUUCAUAAGACCGCUCUUGACAACUUGAACGCCUCCAACACACCUGGGGAGUACAACAAGCUUAAGGUCAAGAAAAUUGGGCCCGUCGAGGUCAUUGAGAAGAUCAAUUCCAAUGCAUAUCGGCUUCAGCUCCCGAGCCACAUCCGUACGGCUGAUGUCUUCAAUGUCAAGCAUUUGAUACCCUAUUAUGGUGACUCUUCCGACGACGACAAUUCGAGGGUGAAUUCUCUCCAUCCUUGGGAGAAUGAUGACCGGCGCAUAGACGAUGUGGCAUAUGCGUACAUGGAGAAGUACGACGCAAGGGCAUUUCGGGAAUUUGGCGGGCGAUGA